CAUUUGCUAUUAUUCGUUCCCCCGCGAGAAAUUCAUGCAUUUCGUUUGCUUCGAGUUGGAAAAAGUUGCUUAAAUACCUUUCAUUGACUGUGUAUCUACUCUUGGACUUGGUUCUCUACUUGUCGAAAUCAUGUCGAGAAAGAUGGCACUUGGUCGUGGCGGCCAAUCUACGAUAGUUGGAUUUUUGGCAAAGUCAACAGAUAAUGAUCUUUCGCAGACUGUGCCCGAGUCGGUGAGAAAAGAGACAAAAGACGGAGCUCGUUUAAAUAAUGAUUUAUUGAAUAAUUCAUCGUCUUUUAAUAAACAGAGGAGGAUAGCUGCCGACUCUCUCACGAUAGACGCGAUAAUCAAUCUUGAUCAUUCCGAUAGUUCAGACUCGAGCGAGAGUCCGCUGAAAUUCCGUCCGCGCAAAACACCAAAUGCACCUUGCCACGCAAUGGAGUCGCAUCGUGUUAAAAGUGAAGGAGAGCAAACAAAUGAAUCUCGAUGUUUGAAUCAAUUCAAAUCGCGAAUUAAUAGUCGUCUCAUCUCCGACUCUUCUGACAGCGAGGAUAGCGAGCAAUAUUCGAUUCAGUUGGCAAUGCAAGGGGCCGACAAGAAACGAGAUCUUGUUUCACAAAUUGAUAGUCAUUUCCCUCCUGGUGGUGCAGCACUUUUAGGAAAAAAUCAAGGAACGCUUAAUGACACGAUACAGCCUAAAAGUACACAAGUUUCAGAUUCUGAUACCAAUAGCUCAAAAUCGCCGAGAAAAAGUUGGACUGGCCCUGAUGUUAGAUUGAAUCUCAAGGAUUUAGGUUUAAACAAACAAUUAGGCUUGUGGGUUGAAUCAAUUCGACAGAAACCAGCAAUGUCUACGAUACCACCUGUUACCAAAGACGAGCUACUCGAGAGACGUCAAGAUUUGAAGCAACUUGAAGCUGAAAUUCUUGACAAAUUCUGCAAUGCACUCGAGUUAAUUCCAUUACCAGUACUGGAACAAUUUCCAAAAUUUGACGCAGCCUCUUUCAAAAAGUUGCAAGGACUGCGUCGACAUAUAAAAGCCAAAUUACGUUUGGUACAAACAAAGUUAUCAAAGUUACAAAAGGAGGAUGAGAUGUGUCUCUCUCCAGAGACACCUGGAUCCGCAUCGUCCAAGUCAAUUGAAACACCCAUUUCAUGCGUCUCGAUAAAUGACUCGAUCAAUGACUCGAUCAAUGACUCGAUCAAUGAUAGUUUGAACAUCUCGUGUACAUCCAAAACGGCAGACUUGAAUAGCGUGGAACCUGCAGUUGAGCCACUUGGAACCACAGUUUCAAACAAGAAGAGCACUUUCCAAUUGAAAAGACCUAUCAAAACAGUAUUGGGUAGUCAAGUUUCGAAAACAAUAGCAGAAAUGUGGGAAAAGGACCAACAAGUGUCUAAUUAUUCGACAAAUUCCGAUUGUCUUCUCGUAAAGGAUACAUCUAACGACAGUAUUGAAAUGCCACCGAGUAUCGAGAAAAAUGUCUCGAACAGUCCAGAUGACGAGAUUAGUACAAAUAAAAGUAACUGUGAAAGAUUUAUGCCAAAAGUGGAAACCUUGACGCAAGAGUUGCAACAAUUUCCAGCUUUGGGGGCGAAUUGUAAUAUAGAUAUAAAUGACGAUUUUACAGAUUGGCCAGAGGACAGCAUGGCACAGAGUAGGAAUGAUCUUGCAAAAGAUGGCGUAGAAUAUGGCAAGUUUACCGGUAAUUAUAAAAAUGAUGGCGUUAGUGGAGAAUUUGAUGGCUUAACAUAUCCAUAUUCGCAAGAAAUGUUGAAAAUAUUUCGGCAGAGAUUCGGUUUAUAUACUUUUAGGCCGAAUCAAUUGCAAGCUAUUAACGCAACACUUUUGGGAUUCGAUUGUUUCGUCUUAAUGCCGACCGGAGGUGGAAAGUCCCUUUGUUAUCAAUUACCUGCCCUUUUAUCUAUUGGAUUAACAGUUGUUAUCUCACCGUUGAAGAGUCUCAUUCUGGACCAAGUUCAAAAGCUCACCUCACUCGAUAUUCCUGCGGCUCAUUUGUCCAGCUCUAUAACAGACACUCAAGCAACAGCGGUAUAUAGGGAACUCACGAGGAAAGAACUUGCUCUGAAAAUUUUAUACGUAACACCAGAGAAAAUCUCCGCCUCGCAAAAAUUUUGCAAUGCUCUGACUACUUUGUACGAGAGAGAAUUGUUGGCGAGAUUUGUUAUCGAUGAGGCACACUGCGUUAGUCAGUGGGGCCAUGAUUUCAGACCAGACUACAAGAGAUUAAAAUGUCUCAGGGAUAAUUAUCCGAAAGUGCCAACAAUGGCCCUAACUGCAACGGCUACACCACGUGUUAGAACGGAUAUCUUGCAUCAAUUGGGUAUGACUGCUCCAAAGUGGUUUAUGUCGAGCUUCAAUAGACCUAAUUUGAGGUACAGCAUAAUAUCGAAGAAGGGAAAGAAUUGUUCCGACGAAGUUAUUGCCAUGAUAAUGGCAAAAUUCAAAAACACUUGCGGCAUCGUAUAUUGCUUGUCGCGCAACGAUUGCGACAAUUAUGCUGCGCACAUGAAGGAGAACGGCAUUAAAGCAUUGAGUUAUCACGCGGGACUCACAGAUAAUCAACGAAGCAACUGUCAAGGGAAAUGGAUUUCUGACGAAGUGCACGUUAUAUGCGCGACUAUAGCCUUCGGGAUGGGCAUCGAUAAACCAAACGUGCGCUUUGUCAUACACGCAGCCUUACCAAAGUCUAUAGAAGGCUAUUAUCAGGAAAGUGGUCGCGCCGGUCGUGAUGGUGAGAUAGCAGAUUGCAUUUUAUUUUAUCAUUAUGCAGACAUGCACAGAAUCAGAAAAAUGAUAGAAUGGGAUAAUCCAAGUCCACAAGUCAUCAGUACCCACAUGGAUAAUUUGUUUAAAAUGGUAGCAUUCUGUGAAAAUAGCACCGAUUGCCGUAGAUCGCUACAGCUCAAUUAUUUUGGAGAGAUAUUUGAUAAACAGCAAUGUAUCUCGAAUAAAACAUCUGCCUGUGAUAAUUGCAGAUGCAAGGAUGAGAUUACAAUGUUGGACGUUACUGAAGAUGCAAAAGAGAUUAUGAAAGCUGUACGAGAUAUUAAUAAUCGAAAGAAUUGCAGGCUUACCCUAGUAGUUUUAACGGAUAUUUUUAAGGGCAGUGACCUGAAGAAGAUUAGAGAAUCAGGAUUUACGACACAUCCUUUAUAUGGUCGCGGUAAAUCGUGGAACAAAAGUAACAUAGAACGCCUUUUGCACCAUAUGGUGUUGCAAGAAUAUUUACAAGAACACAUGUAUAUCAGUAAUGAUUUUGCUUGCGCAUACGUAAAUAUUGGACCAAAAGCGAGCCAACUCAUGACAAGAAAAGAUGUAAAGGUAGAAAUCCCAAUGAGACAAUCGAACAAAUCUACAAGCGGUGUGGCUACAGUUUCAACAGUUACGAAGAAAUUCGAUGGCAUUGUAAAAGAAUUGCAAGAUCGUUGCUACGCCGAGUUGAUGACAAUAAUAAGGGGAAUCGCUGGUGCAUUGGAUGUUUCUGCUUCUUCUAUUAUGAAUAUGGUAGCUGUCAGAGCUAUGAGCCAGCGUUUACCAGAAACUGAGGAAGCCAUGUUACAAAUACCACAUGUCACUAAGGCGAAUUUUAUUAAAUAUGGCAAAGCUCUUUUAAACAUUACGCAGAAAUACGCGGCAGAAAAGACAGUAUUAUUAAAUGAGAAUGAUGAAGAGCAGAGUAACGAGAAGGACGACGACAGUUGGGAUUGCACCAAUAGCAGUGGUAGCAGUAAUCGUGGCAAGAAACGAAAGAUUGCCAAUAGAUCCAACAGUGCUAAUAAAAAGUAUAAACGGGGUGGCUCGAGCGCAUCGAGGGGAAGAAGUCGGUCGAAAGGCUCAUCGAAAGGUGCAACUGUAAAAAAAGUAGGACUUGCGAGUUUCAGUCAAACGAAGCAAUAUCUCGCAAAUCCCAGUAGAUACAUGAACAUUGCCUAAUUCCUUUUUCCGUUAUAAAUUACUUGCAGCAUUGCGAUCCUUGUACAUACCUUGGGACACGCAUUGUUCAAAAUUCUCUAUGGCGUUUUAGUCAUUUUAUUGGGUGGAACAAUUUGACAAUGGUUGUGAAAUUAAAUAUGUAAGCUAAAAGCGUCCUUUACAUUGGAUUAUUACUGCUUAGUAUACACUAGCAAGGAUUCUCUCAACAUAUGUAUAUUAUUUAUAAAUCUGGCUGCGUUAUCCUGG